UAAAAUGGCAAACACCAAUAGCCUCAUUCUUCUCAUUUGCCUAAGCUCCAUUGUAGUAAUAUCAGCCGAUUGGAACAUCAUGAGCCUGCAGAAUGCAAAGCAAAAUGGCCUAGAAAUCACCCUCAAGAACUACUGCGAAAGCUGGAGGCUAAAUGUCGAGCUCAACAACAUCAGAGAUUUUGAAGUUGUCCCCGAAGAAUGCAUCGAUUAUCUCAAGAAAUACGCCACUUCAUCUCAAUACGACAUUGAUUCUGAGAGGACCGUUGAUGAAUGCACCGUUUUCAUCUCCACUUCCUGCACCCUUAGACUCGAUGGAAGAGAUGCUUGGAUUUUCGACAUCGAUGACACCCUUCUCUCAACCGUCCCCUACUACAAGAAACAUCAUUUUGGGGGAGAAAAGCUGAAUUUGACAAGCUUUGAGGAAUGGAUAAGGAAGGGAAGUGCACCAGCUCUUACAUCUUCUUUGAAGUUGUUUAAUUACUUGAAGGCUAGAGGAGUUCAGAUCAUUUUGUUGUCUUCUAGAAGGGAAUAUGUGAGAUCUGCCACCAUUGAUAAUCUUGUUGAUGUUGGUUAUCAUGGAUGGACUUCUUUAAUCCUAAGGGGACCAGAUGAUGAAGGAAAGACAGUUCAACUUUACAAAAGAGAAGCUAGGAAACAAUUGGUUGAAUCUGGUUAUAGAAUUUUGGGUAUUCUUGGUGAUCAAUGGAGCAGCAUUAAGGGACUUCCUAGUGCUAAGAGAACAUUCAAGCUUCCAAAUUCGGUCUAUUAUGUUGCUUGAUUCUUCAAUUAACCAACAAUUCUCUAUGUUUUAUAAUAUUUAUUCAUGUUUUCAAAUUUUUUCUAUCUUUAAAGUGAGGAAUUCUUGGUGAGAAAUAUUCUCAUUGUCCUCAUUGUAAUUGAGUUGGGUUUGGGUUUCAAUUUUCUUAUGUUUGUUUGAAUGUGUUAAAUUUGAAAAUAAAAUUUUAAUAUUGCAUUU